AUGCAUGGAAACCGCUUCUCUCUUCUCACCGAAAACGCCAACUCCAGCAAGCAAACGACAACCUCGAAACAAACCCCUACUACCAAGCCUGCCGCCAUCCAACCCGACGACAAGGUCAGCGGCGGCGGCCCUAGUGGCAACCACGGUCGCGGUCGCGGACGUGGUCGUGGAGGAGCCGGAGGCGCAAGUAGGUUUGUUGGUGAAAAGGUCGUACUGCAGGCGGAAGGGGCCAAGCAGCCCCAGCAAGCGGACUGGGGCAAGGCCUUUCGCCAGAUGGAGGCCCAGCACGUCAAGGAGAUGACCGACCCCAACCCCGCUUCAGGAUGGGACGAGACCCCGAAGGACAAGUACAAGCGUCUCCUCGUUGAGCGCUGGCGCGUCAACGUCGUCCCUGGAGCACCAUACCUGUAG